GACUUUUCAUGUUUACAAUAGAGUAAGAAAAUGAUGUCGAGUUGUACGUCAGUGAGGACGGAUGACGUGGAUGUGUCAUGGUAUGCCUCCAUUGUUCAUAACUGUAUUCAGGAGGACAAACUAAAUAAACUGAAAGCAACCAUCCGCAAAUUCAACAAAGACCAGCGAAGGAGGAUUGUUUCCCAUAAAAUCAUGGGUAAUGCCCCUUUGUUUACUGCCUGUCUGAAAGGACUUGUUCAUAUAGUUAAUUAUCUCUUAGAUGAAUGCCAUGCUGACAUUGAACAGCGUGGGAUAUAUGAGGUAGAACAAGAUCAUUCCCGCCAUGUCGUUACGCCACUCUGGUGUUCAGCUGUUGCAAACCAUCUUGAGGUUGUGAAGACAUUAGUGUUGCAUAAUGCAGAAAUCAACAGCCCAUCUGAUACUCAGUCAACCCCUGUGAGAUCAGCCUGUUACAUGACCAACAUCUCCAUUGUCAAAUUCCUUGUUGAUCAUGGAGCUGACCUUCACAAACCAAAUGUCAAUGGUGGAACAUGUUUGAUUAACUCUGUUCAAGACCCAUUUCUGUGUGAAUACCUAAUAAAGAAAGGUGCUGAUGUGAACGCUCGUGAUAACUCUGGUAAUCUAGCUCUACAUUAUGCUAUAAGGGAGGAUCAGCUGGAAACAGUGAAGCUUCUGUUAAAGUACGGGUCAGACUAUAAGGCUAAGAAUGUAUUUGGAGAUGAUGCUUUGCAAACGGCAGCACUAAGGGGAUACACAAAUAUAGUGAGGUACAUAUUGGACAAUACAGAGCAGACCCCUCGAGAUGCUAUCCAUUCACUGGAGCUUCUGGGAGCAAAUCUUGUGGACGAGAUUCAUGAUAUUUCUGGUGCCAUUGAGAUAUGGAAGAAGGCCAUGACUUUGAGAUUCCUAGAUUCACAGAAUAUAAUCACCAAGGAGAUCCCAGCCGGCACCAUCUAUGCAUAUCAGCAUGCAAGAGAACCUCAAACCUUGCAAGAACUGGAAAAAAUAACUGAGGCGGAUGAUGUUUACAUGCAGGCCUUGUUGAUAAGAGAACGGAUUCUUGGACCAAACCACAAGGACACGACAUUUGGAUUGAUGUACCGUGGAGCAGUGUAUGCUGACAGCCAUCGCUAUCAGCGCUGCGUGGAUCUCUGGAUGUAUGCCUAUAUGUUGAGGCAUAGUAAAGGAGACCCUCUUAAACAGGAGUGUUUGUUUACAGUUCAAGCCUUGGUGAAACUCUUCUGGGAGAUGCAAGUAGAACUAGAGUCCAAUGCAACAGAGGAAAAGGUAAGAUUUUCUGAUGCUUUGGAUGUAUUUGCCAAACUGACUGAGCAGAUAAUUGAUGGCCAACUAGCAAUGGCCAUCCAGAAGGGGGACCAGUUUAAUGGUGAGAGCCACCUAGUGGAGGAUUUUCAGCUUCUGCUGCAGCUGUCACUCCAUAUGAUUCACUUGAUUUCCCAGCUUCCUCAGUCAGAGGAGGAAAGUUUUAACUUCAAGAGGAUUGUACACCAGCUGGUGUCUGCUAACCCCCGGGGUCAGGAGGGAGAGAGCCUGCUUCAUCUAUCUGUGGAUCCAAAAAUUUCCUUGACCAGUGAAGAGUUUUUCUCACCAUUUCCUUCUCUUGCUGUGGUACAGAUAUUGAUAGACUGUGGAGCUGAUAUCAAUGCAGUGGAUCACAAACGUAACACAGCACUACAUAACAGCAUCAAGUUCCUGACGUACUCUGAGCUCCAGAAUGAAGGGAUCUUAGCCUGUCUCCUUGGAAAUGGGGCCCAUGUGGAUGUUUAUAACGGUGAUGGGCAGAGUGCACUGACUUUGAUACAAACAGCGGGAUUGCCCGUCUUUCCUCUCCAGUACAGAAGUCUUCAGUGUCUGGCCUCUGAGGUCAUCAUGAAGAACAAUAUACCAUUCCAAACUGAGGUUCCAACCUCUUUGAUUCCAUUUAUUCAGAUGCAUGGCCACAAUAUGUUUAUGGACCAGUGAGUGGUGGGUUUUGAUGGCUGAGAUAUUUGCUAAUUUUCCACGUGGAUAAAUUAUUUAAUUUCACCAAGAUAAUUUAUUUAUUUGUAUGCAGGUACGUUAGGUACUACAAUGCAAUGAAUUUAAAAAUUUAUGUGAUGGAAUAUCAUGAAUUAGGCUUAUUUUUUGUGAAAGAGUUUUUGGUGUAAAUGUUAUUCCAUAUAUUAUUUUUUUAGUUCCAUAUCCCUGUAAUAGAAGUCAUGUUUGCAUUGAAGAAUAACAACCAUGUGCAAGUGUAAAUUUCGGUUUUUCACAAAAUAUCAGUGGUUCCUGACUGCCAGUGAUUAACAUUAUUUAGAUUAGAAUUAGAUUCUAUAAAUCACUAUUUAUUCGUGAGAACUUUAUUUUCAUAUAAUUAUGUGAGACCGUCUGCACACAAAAUUUCAUUCUCGCGUAUAAUUCUACUACUAAAGAUUAUAUAGAGCAAUAACCAAAAUUCAUGAAAAUUUUGUUUCGCUUAUACAUGUAUAUCAAACAAUCUCGUGAAAAUAAGGUGUCACGAAAAUUUAGUAAUCUACAGUAUUCAUUUAUUUAAUUAAUUACACCUUGAAAGCAGAUAUGUAAAUUUGUGCAAUUUGACAAUUGAAAUUGAUAGUGCAAAAAACAAUGAUUUGGAAAGGGAAAACUAUAACGUAAUUAAAAUAAGUUUUUUUUAAUCCCUUCCUUGUUAUUGUUAUGUCAACAUAAAAGAAAGAGGAAGUGGAUUGAAGAUCUAAUUUUAAUUAGAUUGGUAAAGCCCAGCCAUUAUAUGCGCCAUUUAUUAUUGUACUAAUAUUCACUUCAAGUUUUGUUUUUAAAUUUUCAUUUUUUGACUAUUGUAUCUACAUCUAUGUGUGUACUGCUCCACAACUGCAGCUCGCAAGUCUGGAAACUUAACAUUGAACUAGUAAUACAUCAUGGCUACAUUAUAAAUUAUUUUGUGUGUUUAAGGAAACCAAUAUACAGUGUACAAGAAACAAAACCCUUGGCUUCUGAGAGAUAAACUACCAUGGUACAAAAAAUUUGCAAAACCAAUAACAAGAGUGUUAAAAUGCGUACGUUAAGAUCACUGAUAUAGCACACAGUUGAAAAACCAGGCCCUGUGUACCUUUUCACAAAAUAUCUUGAGACAAAAUUUUUCCAAUUCUCCAAAAAGUAUCUAAGCAAUAUAAGGUCACAUUUUUUUUUUAGACUUCUAUUACAUAACAAUAUAUUGUGAGUAAUCCUUCAGAAAAAAUAAAAUAUUUGUAGAACAAAGAAAUAAUAACAGAGUUGUCAAAUUUUCAUUUUAAUCAUAAGAUUUAUUGUGACUAUUUAGAGAAUAUUUGUAUCAUGAUCAUAUGAUAUCAUGCAUAUGUGUAUUUGUACUGGUAAUCUUUAGUGUGACUGAGUAAAGAUAAACAGCUCAGAAAUUGAUUUAUGUGAAGAUUUGUUCUUCUAUGUAUACUGUACUGUAUAUAAAUCUUUGAUAGUUUUAUUAUUGUCUUAUACACCUUAAGCAGAUGUUUGGUGCUUGUUAUGUUUAUAACUAGGUAAUUAUUGUACCCCCACUAUGAAAUGGUAUGGGGGGGGGGGGGUACUGGAAUCACUGUGUCCAUCUGUUUAUCUAUCUGCUUGUCCAUCUGUAGAUGCAAGGUUCAGCUCUAGGGUAAGCUCACAUCUUAGACCAUUUUCCAGUUUAUUUCCAGGGGUAUCCAAACCAAACUUGCCCGGAUGUGCCAUUGUGGUGUGCAUCUGAAUAUACAUGAUUUGAUUGGACCCCAGUUGGAGGUAUCAGUCCCAUUAGGACACUGUGAGUUUAGUUUGGUAAAAAUUCAUUCUUUUUAGUCUUAAGAUAUCAGGGCAGCAUUUAAAAAUCUUCAAUGUUUAUACUGUAUAUUUGGUGAAAGUCAUCGGCACUGUAUAUUUGAAGAUAAAGGUUUGGCUGAGCAUGAUUUAAAUGAUACACUUGGUAAAUUAAUUUUGAUAGUAAUUCAAACUAUUUCAUGAUUUUCAUCUCUUUAGCAUAGUCCUUGUAAAUAGUUAGGGGAAAAACUGGGCUUAAAUUAUUUAAUUUUUAUUGUUAAGUGCUGCAGAGAUAAUAAUUCCAAAUUGUAGGUAAACACUCUUAUUAAAAAAAUGUGUUUAUAAAUCAAAACUUUGCAGCAAAUUCCCCUGAAUUAUCAACUUAUUUUUGCAAACUACAUAAAGCAUAUUGCAGUUUUCUCAUUAGAAGGAAGAAUGUUGAUAAACAGUUAAUAGUAUAGAAUAUUUUAUUUUUUUAUUUUCACAAAAUUGUGUGCAUGGGAAAAUAAGACUCUUGUCAAUAUAUAAUAGGGGAAAAAUGUAAUACAUGUACUUAAUUGCUGUAUGAAAUGUGAAGAUUAUGUUUCCAGUGGUACUGCCUUUCAAAAAUAGAAUCCUUCAAAAUAAAAGUUAUUUACAGUAUCCUAAAUUUGGAUUAAUACAUGUUAUAAAUAUGAUGUGUACACAGAUUGAAGACUUUGUGACUUAUAUACAUGUACAUAUAAAUAUAGUACAGGUACUUGCUGUUGCAGCAUUACAGACAAUGGGUUGUUGUGGUAUGAGAAAUUUUUACUUUGUUGAAAGAUUGUGAUUUGCAUUAUUUAUGAAAUACAUGUACAUACAUGUAAAACAGUAAGAUUUUUUUUUUCAAUAAAUACUGAUAAAUCUUG